UGUGCUGGGGGCGUGUUCUGCCAGUCCUUCUGCCCACGGCUCAUGCAUAAUAUCAUCCGUGCAUGCCACAGCGACGGGCAUCCUCGCUCUGAGUGCAAGUGUUUGCGUAUUCUUGUGUAUUUUUGUGUAGACGUGUUGCAAUCCAGAUCUAAUUUUGUCCGUCUUGUUCAGCCUCUAUGCCAGAGCGAUAGGAGGGAACGUGAAUGUCAGCGUAUGUGUAUGUGUGAUUUAAGAGGCACAGCUGUCCGCUGGGAGAUGACACACCAUCACACUCACUGAAUACAACUGGGGAAUAGGAGAGUGAGCAAAACAGAGGGAGAGAGAGGGGUCAGGGUGUUGAUUUGGAGUCAACAGAGGAUUAAAACAAAAUCAAGCUAGAGGAGAGGGAGAAAGCCUGAAGAAAAACACAAGAGACAGAAAGAGAAGCUUGAGAGAUAGUGAUAGAGCUAGAUAGAGAGAUAGCGAGAGAGAGAGAGUGAAAUAGAGAGAGAGAGAGAGAGAGAGAGGCAGAGCUCCCUAACUCCAGUGAUUCCCACACUGGCUGGCAGUAAGCUGUGGGCUCUGAUCUGCUCGCUCUGAUGGGGUUUCUUGCUUGUGCAUGCAGGGUUGGGAAUCCUGAAGGUAUCACAGGUUUCAGCUGCUGAUUUGGCCUCUUGUUUUCCUGUGACCUAUGACCAAUGAGAGCCAGGGCGACUAGUCCCAUCCUCACUGAUGGCUGAUGGAUCAUCAACCAAUGACAGUUACAAGAAUCCAGAAAGGGAGCUAAAAGAAGAUCGAACACAAGCAGCCAAAGGACGACGGGCAGAAAUGAGAGUGGUACUGUUUUGUGCCCUCCUCUCCCUCCUGCCUUCAUCUCAAGCCUGCCCAAAGGAGUGUAGCUGCAAUAGCAACACCAAAGUAGUGGAUUGCCGGGGUCGAGGCCUCUAUGACAUCCCUCGACGACUACAUCCAGACACCCAAGAACUGUACCUCCAAGAUAAUCGUAUCAGGGGGCUGGGAUCAAUGGCUUUCAGAGAAAUACCGCUUGUCCGCAUUCUUGACCUGUCAAACAACUCUAUAACAUCAAUAUCACCAACUGCUCUGCUGGGCCUCCGAAGUCUCCAGCGCCUCAGCCUGGCACACAACAGCCUUAGAGAGCUUGACAAGAGGUUGCUUGGACCUAUUCGCUCACUCUCACACCUUGACCUCUCGCACAACAGCCUGUGGGGUUUGCCUGGAGCCAUGGGUGACAGUUUGAGAAAUCUCAGUCACCUGGGGCUAGCACACAACAGGAUAGCACGAAUUGAUCGUUCCUUGCUGGAGGCCCUGACCCGCCUGGACAGCCUUACACUACGAGGCAACCCCUGGAGGUGUGACUGCCAGCUCAUAGGCCUCAAACUCUGGCUGGAGACAUACCUCUUUAAAGGUGGAGUGGUGGAUGAAGUGCUUUGCUCGCAACCAGAAGAGAUGAGAGACAGAGACCUGCAGAAAGUCCCCUACCAGCUUUUCCAUGCCUGCAUGACCACAAGCUACCAUUACCUGUUUGCUAACAUACACCACCUGGAGUCAGAGAGGCUGCUGCGAGGCCACACCCAUGGAAACCACGCUCAUCCCUCCAGCCACACUCUCCACAUUCCCAUGGGGAUGGGGGAAGGUUUUGGAGCAGGAGGAGGAGGUGGAGGUGGUGGUGGUGGAGGGAAUUUGCCAGAGUGUGAACCUAAGCAGAGGCCACGGCCUGUCAACCUGCGCCACGCGAUUGCCACAGUGAUUAUUACGGGCGUAGUAUGUGGGAUAGUGUGUCUGAUGAUGUUGGCUGCAGCAGUGUACGGCUGUGCCUACGCUGCAAUCAUGGCCAAAUACCAGCGGGAGUUAAAGAAGAACGAGGAGUUGGCAGCAGCGCGGGGGGCGGAUCAUAACACAGCUGAUGAGAAGGAACCGCUGGAGAAUGCUAUCGCUUAGGAGACGAUAACAUGAACCCUUGACUUACAACCUGGGCCUCAACCUCUAACCCGAUCCUCGCUGGAUGCCAUGUGUGUGAGUGUGUGUUUAUGAGCAAAAAAAGGAGACGGAGAUCUGUUACCUUUGUGUGUUCACCUCCUGUCUGAGAUUUUGGGUAGCUAACUUCCACAGGUAUUCGACUAUGCACUGUAUCCUCUGCUGUAUGCGGGUUCCAGGACAGGCCAAAGAAUCCCAAAGGAAUCAAUUCCAUUUUGUCUGAGACAUGCAUAUCACUGAUAUGAACAAAUAGCUAUAUAUUUAUAAUUGUGUAUUUGUAGGUCUAAUAGUAAAGCUCUAUUUAGAAAAUAGAUUUCAGAGUUUGGUUGUCUUUUGAGGUAAUUUAAAAAACUCAUAGCAGGCAGCUGCUGUAGUUUUCUGUAUCAUUAUUGUGAGAGGAUGGAAGAAAGAAUGAGUGUUUGUCAUUGUUUUAUUUGUGUUUCAGUCUAUGUGAUGAGAGAUGUUACCGUAAGCACAUAUUAUUAGAGAUUUUAAGAAUUUUUGUGCCUAAUAACGUGAUACAGUUUUGAAGAUGUUUUCUGAGAGGAUAUUUUUCUGCCAGCUGAAGAGAAGAUGGGAAAUUCGCUGAAGCAAUAAUGAAACAAACUAAAAGAAAACAACAGAAAAACUUGGACUCUGCCUUGUUGUUUUUCUACGACUUCACAGGUUUAUAGGUUGAAGUUAUCACCCUGCUGCAAACACAAACAGAAACUUUUAGACCUGCAAUUUUGAGAGUCUUGUUUGUGACUUAAUGCUGAUUUACUUAUGGUAGUCCUGUCCUUCAGUAUGUGUCAUAUAAAAUAAAAGGAAAUAUUUGGUUUUAAAUAAAGAAAGGAUUCUUAAAAAAGGGUGUUUUUGAAAAGAAAAAAUGUAUUGAUUCAAUGUAUUUCUCUAUGUUUAUGUAAACAUAGUAUUCACAGGAAGCAAUGCAUUUUUCCUCUUAAGCCCAGGUCAGAUGAAAGAUUUGCAAUAAGAAGAGUUAAAACUUGUGAUGAGCUGCUCUGCAACAUUCUGAUAGCCUUCCUGAGAUGAUGGAUCUUUUUCACAGCAUUAGAUUCUCAACAGUCAGUUUAAAGUGAUUUAAUUUUUAAGUCACAAUCACAGUUUGACAGUUCACUAUUUUUCCAUAAAUUUUUAAUUAUCUGUAUCUUCAUCGUCAUGAUAAUGUGGAAUAUUGGUGGGGAUAAAGGGGAGAACUUUCUGGGGCCCAGCCAAAAAUGGUGCAGGAAAAUCAUAGUCCAUAGUUAAGUUAAUCUGUGUAAACUGUAUUUUACCUUUUACCUGAAUAAUUACCACUCCUAUCCAGGACAAAUAAAAAAAAAAGGAUUUUAUGCAAUCAUGCCAAAGUAUAAUGAAGCAUUUUCAAAAUGUAAACCCAUUUUCAUGAAACAAAAUUACCUUUUUAUUGAUGAUGUAAACAAUGUGGAUGGGCACAUUGACUAAACCAUUUGAAAAAUAAUGUCAGACAUCAUAGCUAAAACCAUGAAGUGCAUAAAUGUCCGGAUACCAGACAAUAAAGUAGAAGACACUGAAAUAACUUUAAGUGAUCAAAAAAAUAAUUAACUGCAAAAUAAAGGCGAAAAUUAGGUACGAUAAAAUACGCUCAAGUGGCAAAAAAAGGAGAUUUAAAUGGUGAAAAGAGGUUAAAGAGUGGCAAAGAUGGGUUAAAUUUGCAUGAAAUUGGCUAAAAGUAAGAAAAUGGGCAGUAAAAUUGGUGAAAUGCAGUUCAAACGUAGCAAGUGUAGGUUGGAAGUACCAAAAAUGGAUUAACAAUUUGUUAAAAGAGGCUUAUAGGGUAAAGGCAGCAAAUAUGGUUUCAGAAAGGAAUAAGUGCCAAAAAUAGGUUUAAAGUGGCAAAAAAAGAACUAAGUUGCAGCAAUGGGUGGAAAAAAGGGAAGAAUGGUCAAAAAGUGGCAAAAUUGUUUUAAAAUUGGUGAAGUAGGCUAAAAGUGGCUAAAUGGGUUUAACAUGGCCAAAAAAUUUCUCAAAGUUGCAAAUAUGGUCA